AUGGAAAGCCUCAAGAAGAAUUCAGACCCCAAGAGUGAGAGCGGGGAAAACGCUGGAGUAGCUGAGCGGGCUGGCGGAUAUCAAGAGCUUCCUGAAGUCUGCGCACGAGAUGAAGUAUCUGGUGAUCCUGACGCUGACGUGCCGGCCGAGCACCUCAGGCUGAUGGUGCAGCGCUUGCUGGCCAUGGUGGAGGUGGAGUGCAAGAAAUUGGUGGAGAAGAAGGAGAACCCGCAGCUGGAGUCUGAGAUCCUGGCCCGGAACAACGCAGUCAUCUGCAACUACCUCUCGAUCCUGAACCUCAGCAACAAGGGCAAGCCCCGUCUGCCGAUCGCCGAGUUCAACUCCGCCUUCCUCAGCAACUUCUUCGAGCCGGUGGAGGCCUUCCGCAUCUACCUCAGCAAGAACCCCAAUUUCAACUUCGUCAACUACCCCUUCCUGCUCAGUUUCGACUACAAGUACAAGCUCAUGCAGAUCGAGUCCAUCUACGAGCAGAAACUCAGCAUCCGCAAGAACAUGGAGAACGGCCUCUCUGCCAUCUUCCAGAACAUCGAUUUCAACCACGGCAUCGAGGGGCUCAUCUUCCUGUACAUCUCGGUCAACCGCCACAACCUGCUCGACGACUCCAUGGAGAAACUGGGCAAGAUCAAGCAGAACCUCAAGAGCCCGCUGAAGAUCGAGUUCAUCGGGGAGGAGGGCGCUGACGAGGGAGGAGUCAAGAACGAAUACUUCUCGCUGAUCACCAAGGCCAUCUUCAAUCCCUACCUCGACAUGUUCCUGCCCAAGAACAACGGCCGCUUCUACUGGUUCAACGGCUUCUCCUACGAGAUCCCGCUCAGGUUCGAGUUCGUGGGGAUGCUGCUCGGCCUCUCCCUCUACAACUCCGUCCACCUCGACCUGCACUUCCCCGACAUCAUCUACAAGAAGCUGCUCAACAGGAAGUACGAGGAGGACCACGGCAUCGAGAUCGUGGAGGACCUGAAGGAAAUCGAGCCUGACGUAUACCGCACCCUCAAGGACAUCCUCACCACCAGCGAGGACGUCGAGGAGAUAGAGCUCUACUUCAACAUCGAGCUGGAGUCCUUCGGGGAGAAGAUCGUGGAGGAGCUGGUGGAGGACGGCAGCCAGAUCAAGAAGAAGAACUUCCUGACCUUCGUGACUGGGACUGACCGAGUGCCUAUCGACGGUCUCAAAUCGCUUAAAUUCUUAAUCCAGCGGCACUCAAACACGUCCAACUUGCCCACUGCUCACACCUGCUUCAACGUGCUGCUGCUUCCCGAAUACGAAAGCAAGUAG